UUCAAUUGAAUUAAAAACCAAAAUUCAAGCCAUCAUAGCUAUCAUUUGCCCAGCUAAAACCCGCUUGAGUAGAUCGCAGGCAAAACAAAAAAAUCCCAAUGUAUUGGAAAUUUAUAUUUAUUCUCGUUAUUUCUGUUGCUGGAAUAUCAGCGGGCGGAGAACAUAAUCAUUUGGAGCAGCAACUAAUGGCCGAUUCCCAUCUCUUGAGGGAAUCACAGUUUGGUUUGGAAAAUGACAUCAAGCAGCUGAAAAGAGGUUUCGACAUUCUCUCUAGAGAAAUUAACGACGUUAAAUCCGAUCUUCUGGAAACCGAUAACCCCGUGGAAAAAUGUAAAUUGGAAAAUCUCUCAACAACGACAGAAAAUAAACUCAAACAAAUCGCCAGUCAACUUCAGUUGAUGAUCAAUGUCAACGAUGCCGAUCAAAUGGCGAAAUUCAAACAAAUUUCACAAAACCUGGGCGAGCAGUGCGAAAAUGAUCCGUUGAUGGAAAUGAAGCUUAAAAUCCAAGAAAAAUUGUCGCAAUUUGAUAAGUUUUCGGAGCGUCUGCAAAAUUUAGAAACUGCCUUGCAACAAUCCGUUUCCACUGCCGAAGAUAAUGAAAGGCGUGCAAAUAUAUCGAAGCUGCUAACAGAAAGUGUUGAACGGUUACAGGAGCAGGAGCAAAAAUUGCAAUAUUUUGAUAAUGUUGUACUACAAUUGCUAACGUUGGCCGAGGAGAUUAAGGCGAAGGCUGAAAAAAACUCGGAUUGUGAAACGGGUAAAUGUUUGUCGAGGAAAAUUUUAGAUGCCAUCAAGAAAUAAGUAGUUGUUCUUUAAAAAUUACGGAGAAAAUGGAACUGGGUUCACAAUAAAAGUUGAAUAUGUUAAGAUAUAUUAAAAAUUA